AUGGACAAUUUGACUUCUGCAUCUUUGUCUGUCAAACCAAAUUUGAAGUUGGAGGAGCAUGGAAAGGAACACAAAGUCGAUACAACUUUUUUCAAAAAAAUUGUCGGAUCUCUGAGAUAUGUGUGCAAUAGUUUACCUGAUAUAGGUUUCUCAGUUGGAUUAGUGAGCAAAUACCUGAAUGAACCAAAGGUGUCACACAUGAAGGCUGUAAGAAGAAUCCUAAGAUACUUAAAAGGAUCGAUAAACUAUGAAAUUCUAUUUCAACGAGACUCUGAAAGGAAAGAAGCUAGUGUUACUUUCUAUUUAGAUGCUUAUUGGUAUGGAUAUAAGGAAGAUCUAAGAAGCACAACUGGCUAUUUCUUUCAAGUAUUUGGUGCCCCAUUCUCGUGGUGUUCGAGAAAGAAACUUGUGAUGGAAUUGUCAUCAUGA